ACUCAUGUGGCGCUCGAAAAUCUUUGACGACUCGUUUUUUUUAUAACCUCCAAAAAAUUUGAAUGAUAAAUGUAAUCCAUUCAACCUUGUGCUCGUGCGAUUUGAUUACAGUCUCACGGUGCGUUCGCUAAAGUUCAUCGCUAUCUUCGCGUUAUCAACGUGAAAAUUUGCUCGCGUUAUCACCGGAGCUUCAGUUUCGUCUCGGGCUUUGGAACCGGACUUAGGAAGUUUCGGCACAUGGGUCUGCUAAAUUUUUCUUCCUCUUGAUUCUGAGUAUGUAAAAUACUCUAUCUCUCGUAACCUUGGCAAGCACCAAGACAAAACUUGUGCAUUGGUUGUUGUCUGAACUGGUAUGAAUUUUCUUUUUCAAUUGAAUAAUGGUUCGUCGCAAAGAAUGCCUGGACAGCUUCAAUGUCAUUAACGAAAGACCUGUUGAUGAUAUCUGCCUGGAUAUUUUCUACAAGCCUCAUACUAUCACCCUGCUUGCUGUAUCCAUCACUGCAGUAAUUUACACAUCCUUUGUUAGAGAUGAUAUCAAUGUUGAUGACAACAUUUGGACGGGUCUCUGGUGUGUCCUGUUUUUCUUUUUGAUAAUUUCAGUUCUUGCAUUUCCUAAUGGCCCUUUCACAAGGCCGCAUCCUGCAAUAUGGAGAAUGGUCUUCGGUCUCAGUGUCAUGUAUCUUCUGAGUUUGCUCUUCUUACUCUUCCAAAAUUACAAAACUGCAAAAGGAAUAUUUCUAUGGCUUGAUCCCAAACUCAAGGACUUCCACAUAGACAUGGACAAGGAGUACGGAGUCAAUUGCUCAGAUCUCUCCACAGAGAAAAUUUGGAGUCAUAUGGACGUUUUUGCCAUUGGUCACUUCUUCGGGUGGGCUCUAAAAGCAAUGCUUGUCCGUCACCUUGGUAUUCUGUGGGCAAUGAGCAUUAUGUGGGAAGUCACCGAGAUUGCAUUUGCUCAUUUAUUGCCAAAUUUUGUUGAAUGCUGGUGGGAUGCCAUAGUUCUUGACAUCUUACUUUGCAAUGGGCUCGGCAUUUGGCUCGGGCUGAAAAUCUGCAAGUGCCUCGAAAUGCGGGAGUACAAAUGGGUUAGCGUCAAAGAUAUCCGCUCAACAAGCGGGAAAUUGAAGCGGGUCAUGCUUCAGUUUACGCCAGGAAGUUGGACGCACGUGCGAUGGCUGGAUCCAAAUUGUACAUACAUGAGGUUCUUCGCAUUAUGUCAGAUGGUGGUCUUCUGGCAAUUAUCAGAGUUGAAUACCUUCUUCCUGAAACACAUCUUUGAAAUGCCUCCAUCUCACCCAAUAGUUGGAACCAGACUCAUAUUUUUGUGCUUUAUGGUUGCUCCGUCAGCGAGACAAUACUAUACUUUUGUCACUGACCCUCGGUGUAAACGGCUAGGUACACAAUGUUGGGUGUAUGGCGCAAUCAUGAUAACAGAAGCUCUAGUCUGUAUUAAAAAUGGGAAAGAACUAUUCGGUAGAACGCAAAUUGUCAAUAUAGUACUGUGGCUUUUGAUAAUGUUCCUAUUCUCAAUAAUCUGCGUCUAUGGAUGUGUCCUAUGGCAUAAAUAUUUCAAUGAUACAAUAGAUAGCUCAAAUGAUAACUCAUCUAAUCAUGUAGGCAAAAAUAACCAUUGUUCUUCCGAUCCCAAAGGAAUGGUGAACUCAUCCUCUCAAAACUCUGGUGAUGUGAAACAACGCAGAAAAUCCAAGUCAGCCAAAUAGCCAAAUGGAAUAAGACUGAACCAUCUUUCUCCCCGUAUAUUAUUGGGAGAAAGACUUUCAGAUUCUCAAUGGACGUUUCAUACCUUUGCGAAUGCUGUGAUUAAUAUUCUUUUUUUUCAACCUCAGUUUUAGUAUUCCCGUGUAAAGAGGAAGCUCAUGUAAAUUAGCUCAUGUUAAGGUUCUCUUACGCCCAAAAAUCAGGAUUCUUUUUUUUUUUUUCUAUUAGCAUUAAACCAGAGACUUCAGUGAACUCUUGAAAACUAAGAGCAACAAUUUUGGUUUAUAAUUUUUACUAUAUAGCUUUAAUCUAUGGUGAAACUGUGGAAAUGCGUAUCUUGGUUUCCAGCAAUGCCAGAGUUGCCACAUUCAGGGAAUAUGAAAACAUUGUCAUGGAAGAAUCGUUAACUCACCUUUAUUUGCUUUCUAGAAUGAGUUUGAUGUUUUAAAUAACAAAUUUUGUGUGAAAACAAUUUCACAUUAGGUCUCCUUAACCAUCUGGUAUACCCUCAAAUCUCAAUGAAUUUUACGGAAAUUUGCAAGGAAAUCAGAGAAUCUUCAGGAAAAUCCAUCUUGUAAACUCUGUGGCAACCCUGUUCUCUUCAUGCUUCAUUUUCUACAGGGAUAGCUCCUAAACUUCAUUUCUUAAAAAUUCCAUGAUUUUUCUCGUUUAUCUGAAAAAUAUUCUGUGAAGACUUCAAAUCAUGAUGUUGGCUCAGUUUCCUUUUAAAAAGUAAAAUAGGAGCAGAGAUUUUAAAACUCCGCAACCAAGAUACGCAUUUUUUUAAUUUUCUAUGUUGGAAUUUUUUUAUGUGUAUAAUGCUGUUUUCUAUUCAUCUUUAAAAUUUACUAAAGUAAAUUAUCCUCUGGAGACCUUGUCGGCAUUCUCCAGAGUUGAUAUUAGUGGCAACUUUAAUCCACCAAUAUAUCGAAAGAACUUCUCUGAUUAUCAUGCUCAAAAUUAUAAUACUGCUUUGUAUCAAAAUGUGCUUCUUUCCUCUCUUUUUUUAACUGAUUUCAGUUAGAAUUCUAUGUAUUUUCUUUCUUUGGUUUAGUUGGUAAUUUGUUAAAAUUUUGUUCUUUAUAUUAAUAAGCUACCAUUACGGUACUUUAUUUUUUGUUAAGCAAACAAGUUCUUCAUAAAGUUCAGGUUAAGUUGUAAGUUUGUGUUCAUACAUACCCAUCUUUUCUCUAAAAAAAAAAAACAACGUAAAUUGAACUCCUUGAGUACUGUUGGGGUCAAAAUAUUUUUCUUUUCUUUUUUAAUGAAACUUUCUAUCUCUUUUAAUAAAGAACAAAAAAUAUACUUCCGGUAAUCAAAGCUAUCUUUCAACCACAGAAGAGCUCUCUAAACAGCUUUGUUUUCAGCAUACUUAAAGUAAGUCAUUUUUUCUAGUAAACUCCUACUUAAAGACUUUUUUGUCUGUAUCAAAGUUUUUAAUCAUGUAAAUUCAAAAUUUGCACCUUGAAUGGCUUUUUUUCCUAUUGCGCAUGAAGAACUGAAAGAUAUUUUUUAUCUAGAUUUCAACUGAAUGUGUGAGAUUAUGAGCUUUUCGAUCAAAAAAUGCGGAACUUUUGUCUUAGUCAUAAAAACCUAGCUUUAAGAGAAGUAUUUGGUGGCAAUCUAGUGUGCCAUCACAGAUAUGAACACAAGUAAAAACCUAAAUUGCAAGAAAUAAAAAUUUUAAACCUUUAUUCAAAACAAAUUACUUUUAAUUGAGAAAGAUAAACUUUUGAAGUUAUCCUUCAAUUGAGUUGCAAGUCAGCCCUUUGAUCCGCCUGUUUAAGAAAAAGUGUAAUUGUUUUUUUCAUUCUGUGGUGAAGUUCUUAAACAAAGAUUUAAUGUGACACCUAGAAUUCAAGAUGCAGGUGAAACAGAAUUUGCACUCUUUACAAAUUCUAUACUUUUAAGAAUUUGAUUGAAAUAUCAAAGUUAGAGGGUAAUGCAUCUACACGUCAACCAAAUUCUAGGUCUCUGGACCUGUAUCUUGCUAUUUUACCUCAAAAUACAAGAGUUCUUUAUGUUAAAGUUGAAUUAUGUUAUAAAUUCAGUGUGCCAGAAUCGCUUUUUUGCAACCUUCUUCGCUGCAAACCCUAACAGUAGAUCUGAAUUUUUUUUAUUUCCAUUAUACAUUGUACUCGCAUUUUUCGGUUCCAAAAAACAAGAAUUUGCCCUUUAAAAUAGCUCUAUUAACUGAAACCCAUGAAUACAUCCAGGAAAAUUGCAUUUUAUUGCACCUGGUAGUUCUGUUCUUAUUUUAAGAAUUUCAUCAAGUUUGCUGGAUGUUUCAAGUUUGGGGCUUGGCUAUAAAAGAUGCCUCCAAAUUUCUUAAAAAAUUAUUAUUUAGUAGCAGCAAUAUUCAUUCUCUGGAAUUAAAGUAUCUAUCUAACUAUAAGCAUUGUUUGUUUUUACUCCGAUCGACUGUAGAGUAAAAACUUCUUAUAAAAGACAAACGCUUCAGAUCUAAUUUUUAAUGAGUGUAAAUUUUUUUCUGUCAUUAGAAUAGUCAUUAUUCAAAAAAGUCAUCUGACCAUAAGUUUUCUAGUUUUAUAUUCUAUGGGGUACUAAUGUAAUUAAUGAGGUUUUUGGACUCCAUAUUAAAAAAUGGUUGUGCUCAAAAUCUGUUGAUGUCAAUGUCACGAAUCAGUUCUCUGCAAUUUUUUACUGUCCGUAAGUCUUUUCAGAACAUAAACUGUAAAUGCCACAAUGUUUAGGUGACGUCUGAAUUUUGAUCAACUUUUAACAGUUGAAACAUCUUAUGAAAGAAAUUUUCUUCAAAAUUGAUCAAAACGUUCCUUGAAAUUUGAUUUCUAAAACUUGGAGUGGAAAUUUGAUCGAAAUGCUGUAAUCAACUUUAUCAGUUCGAUGUUUGAACUUUUGUGCCUUUCUUGAUGAAAAGUUAUUACUUCAGACCUUAACAAUGAAAAACAAUAGAUCCAGACAGAAGCCACCUCAUAAAAAUUUGAAGUAGGAAA